AUGGAGGGAUCCCUCCAACUCCUGGCCUGCUUGGCAUGUGUGCUCCAGAUGGGAUCACUUGUGAAAACUAGAAGAGACGCUUCGGGGAAUAUGCUCAACACAGAGGCGCACAAUGCUCCCACGCAGCGCUGGUCCAUGCAGGUGCCAGCUGAGGUGAUCGCGGAGGCCGGCGACGCGGCGGUGCUGCCCUGCACCUUCACACACCCGCACCGCCACUACGACGGGCCGCUGACGGCCAUCUGGCGCGCGGGCGAGCCGUACGCCGGCCCGCAGGUGUUCCGCUGCACCGCGGCGCCGGGCAGCGAGCUGUGCCAGACGGCGCUGAGCCUGCACGGCCGCCUGCGCCUGCUGGGCAACCCGCGUCGCAACGACCUGUCCCUGCGCAUCGAGCGCCUCGCCCUGGCCGACAGCGGCCGCUACUUCUGCCGCGUGGAGUUCACCGGCGACGCCCACGAUCGCUAUGAGAGCCGCCACGGGGUCCGGCUGCGCGUGACUGCUGCGCCGCGGAUCGUCAACAUCUCCGUGCUGCCCGGCCCCGCGCACGCCUUCCGCGCGCUCUGCACCGCGGAAGGGGAGCCCCCUCCUGCCCUCGCCUGGUCGGUCCCCGCCCUGGGCAACAGCUCGGCUGCCGUGCAGGCUCAGGGUCACGGCUACCAGGUGACCGCCGAGUUGCCCGCGCUGACUCGCGAUGGCCGCUACACGUGCACGGCAGCCAAUAGCCUGGGCCGCGCCGAGGCCAGCGUCUACCUGUUCCGCUUCCACGGUGCCCCUGGAGCCUCGACGUUGGCGCUUCUACUGGGCGCACUGGGCCUCAAGGCCUUGCUGCUGCUUGGUAUUCUGGGUGCUCGUGCAACCCGCCGCCGACUAGAUCACCUGGUGGCCCAGGACACCCCUCCACGGUCUCAGGCUCAGGAGUCCAAUUAUGAAAAUUUGAGCCAGAUGAGUCCUCCAGGCCACCAGCUGCCACGUGUUUGCUGUGAGGAACUUGUUAGCCACCACCAUCCAGUCAUUCACCAUGAAAAAUAA